UCCCGCCCUGCGCGGCGGGGCGGAGCGGCUGGCGGCGGAGCGGGCGGCAGCGGCGGCAGUUUCUCCGUGGCGGCCCUCCUGCCUCGCCCGCCGCCAUGUGCGAGCCCAGCAAGCAGGACAUCGCCGCCAUCUUCAAGCGGCUCCGCUCCGUGCCCACCAACAAGGUAUGUUUUGACUGCGGGUCAAAAAACCCUAGCUGGGCAAGCAUAACAUAUGGAGUUUUUCUUUGUAUCGAUUGUUCAGGGACCCAUCGAUCCCUUGGUGUUCACUUAAGUUUCGUUCGAUCUACAGAACUGGAUUCCAAUUGGUCUUGGUUUCAACUGAGAUGCAUGCAAGUGGGAGGAAAUGCAAAUGCUUCUGCUUUUUUCCAUCAACACGGAUGCACAACAAGUGAUACCAAUGCAAAGUAUAACAGUCGUGCUGCUCAACUUUACAAAGAGAAAAUUAAAUCUCUUGCAACGCAAGCAACAAGAAAGCAUGGUACUGAUCUGUGGACAGAUGGAUGUGGAAUGCCACCUGUGUCACCGGAGCACAAAGAGGAAGACUUUUUUGCAUCCCAUGUUUCUCCUAAGAAUACUGAAUGGGUACUAUCAGAGCCACAGCCAGUUUCUCUACAGCAGAAAGCUUCAGAAAAUGUUCCAGAAUGCUAUGAAGGUGGACCGGAACAUGGACCAAGUGUUGAUUACCUUAGUACAUCACCAAAAGCUGCUUUAGAGAAUACCACCUUCAUAAAAAAGAAGCCAAAUCAAGUUAAGAAGGGGCUUGGAGCCAAAAAAGGUGGUUUGGGGGCACAAAAAGUCAGCAGUCAAAGCUUUAAUGAGAUUGAAAAACAAGCACAAGCUGUAGAUAAAAUGAAGGAACAACAGGAUCUUCAUAGCAGUAAGCAAACUGGGAAGGAAGAGCCACUUGUAUCAUCUUUACGAUUGGCCUACAGAGAUCUAGAUAUUAAAACAAAAGAAAAAAAGUUAAAUCUAUCUGGUAGGAAGAAAAAUGAAUUUGAGAGGCUUGGCAUGGGAUUUGGCAGCAACAGAAGUGGUAUUUCUCACUCAGUCAUCUCAGAUAUGCAGACAAUAGAACAGGAAACACCAACAAUUGCAAAAACGAAGAAAAAGUACGCUGAUGAGGUAGAAGACUCUUAUAUAUCUUCGUCUAGUUCAAGGUACUGUGAUUCUUCAGAUUUGAAAAGCAGCACUUUCUCUAAAUGGGAUGACAAUUCAGAUUCUUUUUGGAAGAAAGAAAAUAAUAGCGGAGAAGUUGAUGUAAUGCUAACUUCAAAAAGUACAGGAUUUUCAGACAGGCCUGCAUCUUGUCGUAAGCCUGAAUAUGAGCCAUCUUUAUGCACAGAUGAGGCACAAAAAAAAUUUGGCAAUGUAAAAGCAAUUUCAUCAGACAUGUAUUUCGGAAGACAAGAUCAUGCUGAUUAUGAAGCUAGGGCCCGCCUAGAAAGACUUUCUGGAAGUUCCUCUAUAAGUUCAGCGGACUUGUUUGAAGAUCAGAAAAAACAACCAGCUGGAAGCUACAAUAUUACGAAUGUCUUGCCUUCAGCUCCUGAUAUAGCGCAGUUUAAACAAGGAGUGAAAUCAGUGGCUGGAAAACUUUCUGUACUUGCUAAUGGAGUCAUGACAUCUAUACAGGAUCGAUAUGGCUCAUAACAUCUUGUAUAUCAAUUAAGUACACUAAAGAAGAAUUUCAUUUUGGAUACACAAGUAAUCACACUGCUGAUUUGAAUGAAGAUUGCCUUAAGACUGUUGAUAUUUUCAAUUGUUCCAGCAUAUUUGUUGUGGAGCUUUCUGUCUCCCCCUCUUUUUACUGCCAUUUCAUCUUUACAGAGCAGAAAUCUUGUAGAAACUUGUUACAUUGAAUAUGCUUUUUUUUUUCUCCCUGUUACAGUCUUGUAUUUCUCUUAGUGACCUUAAUGAUGUUGGGAUCUGUCUUUUAUUACUGUUUUGGCUGUGAGGCAGGGAAGAGAAAGAAGGAUGAACGUGUGCUUUGAAAAUGAGACUUUGUAAUAGAAACCUCUGUGCAGUUGCAUCCUUAGUUGCCAGACAUGUCUUCUGACUGUCUUAUGAAAUGCGGAGAAAAUUUAGAUUAAGCAUAUGCUGAGAUGGUGUUUAGUGGACUGUAGCAGAACAUAGAAUUAAAUUAAACCUGUGCUUUUCAGGAGGAAAAAGCUCUUGCAGUCAUAAAUUGAUGUGCAUUAAAAUGAUGGGGACUUAGUGUUUUAAAACAAUAUUCCUACUAAAAAAUGUUAUGCUUAAUGUGAAGUAUAAAGGAGAAAAAGAUAUCUGGUAUAUUGAAUAAUAGAUUUCAUCUUGUCAUGGGAACAAUCUAUUUAUUCCUAGUUUUGAAAGUUUUUAAAAAAUUGCAAUAUAGAAUCCUUAAGUGCUUUAAAAAAUAAUAUGCAUUGUGUACGAAUUGAAAAAAAAAAAAAAGAAAAUGUGUAAAGGGCCUAAUAUAAAGUAGUUAGUAAAAUACUUGUUAAAAUGUUUAGAACAAUCUUAGUUUUUUGAUAAAUUAUGAAGUAUUGAAUGAGAAAAUCUAGUGGGGCUGUGUUUUAGACAGUCUAGAAUUUUUGUUGAUGACAUCUUGUAUAAAAUAAUUAGACCUUAAAGAAAAAUCCUCACAACCAAGAAUGAGCUCAAGCUAAUUCUGUUCUGUAACUUUAUUUCUUAAUUCAAAUUUGUAAACUGCUGAUAUCUAAUAAAAACAAUUGAUAUAAACUGAUUUUUUAAUUAAAUUUAUAUGUACAGA